AAAUCGGCAAAAGUCCUGCGCUCGCUUCUCCGGUUCUCCCCACACACACGCGUCACGGCCGACGAUCCUCCACCGCCACUGCGACACUAGGGUUCUGCUGCCGCCACAUCGUCGGCGGGGCCUGGCGAGCUACCAUCGGAGAUGGACGCCUCGGAGAUUGCGAACAGGGCCGACGCCCUCAAGGCCGAGCUCGCCGCCAAGUCCUCCCGAAUCGCCGACCUGGAGGCCAGGGUUUCCUUUCUCGAAGGCGAGAACGAGAGCUUGAGGAAAGCCAUGCCUAAGGGAGAGGAAAUGGAGAAUACAGGCAAAAUUUGUCCAGCCUUUGGUCGAUUGGAGGAGGGUUUCGCCGGAAACAAGGAAAAAUCAGUCGACCUGGUGGGGGGAGGGCAUAUGGUGUGUGAUGUUACAGAGGUUAGUGACGGUGAGGAAGAGGACGUUCUUACGGUCGUUACUCCUAAGAAUUUUGCAGCGCGGGUGGUGACGGGAAAGAGUGAGGAUGAAGACGAGAUUAAGGACAUAGAGGGAAGUGGUGGAGGCAACCAUGGGACCGUUUGCUCUGAUGACAGUGUGGAUCUGGAGGACGAUGAUGUUUCUACCAUGCCACGGGGCAAGAAGCGUGCAGCGGCACUGGUGGUCACCAGCGACAGUGAGGAUGAGGAUGGAAAUGGAGGGCAUGUGAAUGAUAAGGACGGCAAGGUGCAGAAGGAGGUUGGUGUUACACCUAGUAGGAAGCGUGCGUUGUGUGGAGUCAGUGACAGUGAGAACGAAGAUGGCGAUGAGGGUGUUUAUGUGGUGAAUGGGAAUGAUGUUGAAUCUGGUGAGAUAAAAGGGUCUUCUACUCCCGCAGCAAGGCGCUCGACUCGGUUAGCAAAACGCAAAUCAAAGGGUGUGCUGCCUGCACGUCGGGCACUUGUCUUUGUUGAACCCAAGGAUGGUGAAGAUUCUGAGGAUGAUUCAGAAGAAGAUAAUAGUAUGGAUGAAUUUAUAGAUGACGCAGAAGAAGAUAAUAGUUUGGAAACUGCUGUUGAUUCUGCUGAAGCAUCCUCUGCUGGAUCAGAAGAGUCUGAUAGUGAGCCAAAUUAUAGAGAUGUUUUGGCUAGCAUACGCCGUAAAAGGAAUGUCAAGGAUAAGGAUUGGGAGAGUGAGCAAGAAAUGCUAUCAGCAUUUGAUGAACACCCUGAACUUUGCUUGAAAGCUGUAUGUGCCCUCUAUCGAAAGCAAACUGAGGAAGAACAAACGGAAAAGGCGACUAUAGUGCAUAACAAAAGAGGAUUUAACCAGAUAGAUGCUCCGAGGGGUUCUCGCAUAGCACAGUUUCUUCUAGAUGGUGAUGCUUCUGGGCCACUUAUGAAGACAACACAUGACUUGGAAAAGUACGAUCGAUAUGGCCUUGAGUUCUGUCGCAAGAUGGCUUUCCGUUACUCCAAGCAGCUGUUUGCAAUAUAUCAUAACAAGGAAGACCCAGACUUUCCAUGACUUGUAUUACUAACUACAUAUGUUGACCUCUCUGUGAACCCUGUAAUAUUUUGCCUACUUAGUCUGUCCUUCUCACUGUUUUGUACAUAUAUGUUCAGUUUUUGUUUCUUCUGGAGUAGUUAGGGGCUUAGGACCUGUUAAAUUAGUCUUGGAGAAUGCGACAGUGAGCAAUCCUCUAUGUUUAGAUCACUAAGAUGAAGGCUGUUAAGCAAGCAAGUGCCCAUGAAUAUGACAAAGGAGUAUAUAUCCUCAAGGUAUUACCCAAUUUGGAAGAUUCGCUCACUCCCCGUUGAUCGAUUGCUCUCCCGAACGAGUCAGCAUUUGAUGCCUCAUUAUUUGUAUAAUUGUUCAUCAGGGCGAAGUUGUAAUGGUGUUUUUUUUGCGGGGAAAAGUUGUAAUGGUGUUGAAGUGCCCGCAAUACAAGUAGGCAAAACAGAUUCACAGAAAGUUCAUGUUUAUUUAUCAGGUGCUGAUAUAUAGUGAUGUUAA